AUGUCUUCUACAACCGAUUCCUCCCCUGCCACUACCAACGGGAAGCAGGCCACCACGGUCUACGCUUCUCUCCCCACCACCACCUACGCCAACCAGCGCGCCGUCUUCCCCUACGUGGAUCCUACACAGGUCAACUCGGGCCUGGCGCAGGCCUUUAAGGUCCUCCCCUUUGAGCGCAACGUGCUCAAGCUGCUCGCCCACGCCGAAGGAUUCUUCCCUUCCAUAUCCAGCCUCCUGGGUACUGUCUUCCGCUCCACUCGCGAGCUCCCUACCCUCGAAUGGCAGCUGGUGGUCCUGCGCACCGCAGCGCUGAUCGGGGCGCACUACGUGUUCGAGAUCAACACCCCCGUCGCCCUCGUCAACGGCAUGCCCAACGCCAAGCGCCUCCUGAUUGCCUUCGGCAAGGUCGACGACACCGAGUACUUCAGUGAACGCGAUCGCAUUCUCCUCCGCUUUGUCGAAGAACUGGUCCGCAACAACACCGCCAGCGACGGAACCCUCGAGGCGCUCAAGGCCCACUUCAGCAUUCGGGAAAUCAUGGAGGUGAUUGUCAUUGUGGGACUGUAUACCAUCUUUGGACGGGUGGCGAACGUCAGCCGGAUCGACGAGGACCCUGAGAUCCCGGGGCUCAUGGACUCGUUGAACAACUUGACCGGGCAGAAGGAUCGGGGAGAAUAG